AUGAUCUUGGUGGUUCUGAUCACAUUUCUUUUGAUUAUUGACCUUGUGAAAAAGAGACGACCCAGGAAUUUCCCUCCAGGGCCACAGCUCUUUCCUCUCGUGGGAACCUUAGUGGACUUAACGCAGCCCCUCCACCUCGCCCUGCAAAAGCUUACUGGUCAGUAUGGGAACAUCUUCAGUGUGCAGUUUGGAAGUCUGACUUUUGUGGUAGUCAACGGGUACCAGAUGGUGAGAGAAGCUCUUGUCCACCAGGCUGAAAUAUUUGCAGAUCGGCCAAAUAUUCCUCUCCUCCAAGAAAUAUUUAGAGGCUUUGGACUCAUAUCAUCAAAUGGGCAUAUAUGGAGGCAACAGAGGAAGUUUGUUUUAGCAACACUGAAAAGCUUUGCUGUGAGCUUUGAGGAAAAAGUGCAAGAGGAGAGCCGGUACCUUGUGGAGUCGAUUGAGGAGGAGCAAGGACAACCAUUUGACCCUCAUUACAAAAUUAAUAACGCUGUUUCAAACAUCAUCUGUUCCAUAACUUUUGGGAACCGGUUUGACUACCAUGACAACCGUUUCCAGGAAUUGCUGCACUCGCUGGCUGAAAUGCUGCUGCUCAUCGGAAGUUUCUGGGGCCAGCUGUAUAAUGCUUUUCCUUCGGUCAUGAGAUGGCUGCCAGGACCCUUUAGGAAAAUCUUUAGGCACUGGGAGAAACUUCAAUAUUUUGUCAAAGAAGUAAUCGCAAAGCACAAGGAGGAUCUGGACCAAUCUGUGGCAGAAGAUUAUAUAGACUGUUACCUCAAGGAAAUAGAAAAGUUGAAGGGAGACACCAGCUCAUAUUUCCAUGAGGAAAACCUGCUGUGCACCACCCUGGACCUCUUCUUAACCGGGACUGAGACAACGGCGACUGCCAUCCGCUGGGCUCUGCUCUACAUGGCUGCACACCCCCACAUUCAGGAGGCAGUGCAGCUCGAGAUCGACACGGUGAUAGGGCAGUCCCGCCAGCCCAGGAUGGCCGACAAGGAGAACAUGCCAUACACCAGUGCAGUGCUGAGCGAGGUCCUGCGGAUGGGCAACAUCGUGCCCCUGGGCGUGCCCCGGAUGUCUACCACUGACACCACCCUAGCUGGCUUCCACCUGCCCAAAGUACGUGGAGACCACCAACCUUUCCCUCACCUCACCUCA